AUGCGUGACCUGCACUUAUUUUCCGUUCUACUGCUUGUUCUACUGGCUACUGGCUCAGCUGCCAUCGUCCUCGACGUCGAUGACCGACAAUCCAUCCUGGCAGCUUCGGCACUGGCGGCGCACGGUCUUCAACAACUCUACAAUGGCAACCGAACAGGAGGAGUUCUGGGCAAGUUUCCAUAUCUUCCGUACUACUGGUGGGAGAGCGGUGGUGCAUGGGGUGGCAUGAUGGAAUACUGGCAUUACACAGGCGACGAGUCGUACCGAAACGUCACCCGACAAGCCCUCAUCUCGCAACUGGGUCCUGUGUACGAUUUCAACGUCCCUACCGAAGCGUUUGAUGAAGGAAACGAUGACCAAGGCUUCUGGGUUUUUGCUGCCAUGUCCGCGGCCGAAUAUGCCUUUCCUGGACCACCUGCACCCAUUCCCUCCUGGCUCACGACGGUCGAGAAUGCCUGGCAAGAUUAUGUCUCUCGCUGGAACACCACCCGCUGCAACGGCGGCCUCAAGUGGCAGUUUCACCCUGAGAAUGCAGGAUACUACUACAAGAACAGCAUAUCAAACGGGGCAUUCUUCCAACUUUCAGCGAGACUGGCACGAUUCACCGGCAACAACACUUAUGUGCACUGGGCAAAUACCAUCUGGAACUGGUCAUCGGGAGUCGGCUUGAUUGACAAGCUCUACAACGUGUACGACGGCUGUGAUGAGCUUAUCAAUUGCACCGGGAUUGACCAUCAUCAAUGGUCCUACAAUGUGGGAGUCUACCUCUAUGGCGCGGCUGUACUUCAAAAUUACACCAACGGAUCGUCGCCAUGGAUUGAGCGCACGGCGGGCCUUCUCGGCGCGACCAACACUUUCCUCAGUCCGUUUCGGAAUGCCACGAAUGUCUUGUUCGAAGCAGCAUGUGAGCUUGGUAUGACCUGUGAUACUGACCAGUUGUCCAUGAAGGCGUACUUGAUUCGCUGGCUUGCCGGGACGUCCACGAUGGCGCCUUUCACAGCAGGCCGAAUUGGAACCAUCCUGCGCGCUUCAGCCAAGGCUGCUGCUGGCGCUUGCACUGGAGGCCCGGCAAACAACACAUGCGGAUCAAAGUGGUAUAUUGGCGGGUGGGACGGUACAAGCGGGCUGGGCCAACAGCUCUGUGCAAUGGAAGCCAUGUACGCCUUGUUGGUCAACCAGACUACACCGCCCAUCACCUCCCACAACGUGGUUAUCCAGCCAGAGUCUCCGUCACAAGCAUUCAAUUUCACCAAAGCGAGUGCCACCGCCCGGCCGCUUCAUGACAGCAAGGGCAGCAGUGUUGCCAGACCGCAGAAUAAGGUUCGAAGUGUUAUCACCAUAUUGUUUACAUCGAUUGCCGUUAUGCACGAAGAGUUCUGGAAUGGUCACAUUUGA